AUGAUAUUGAUACUAGCAACGGUGCUGUCCUUAGUCGUUACGCAAAUUGCUUCUCGCGCAACAACAAAUCCGCCAAACGUUAUAACCGUUGAUGAUGACACAUCACUCAAAGAAAAUCCUGAGGAGAAGUUCGAGGGAAAGCCUGGAGAAAAAACUAACGACAUGCCAGGGCUCGAGCAAAAAUGCUUACCCAAGAAAAAACCCGAAAUUAUAGCAACAACGGCAGCUACAACGGUGUUUAGUAGCACAACAACGACAGCUUCAACGGUGCCUAGAAACGCAACAAGGAUAAGAAUUGUUCCAGAUUGGAACGCACCAGGCUCACUGGUUGGAUUCAUGCGUUCUUGCACCAGACUUGAAGUACUUAUAUCAUUAACUGCAUCGAUGGUUAUUGCUUUACGUCGACCUUUUGCGCUUGCUAGCGUAAAUCACCAUAAAUUUUGCAAUAAACAAGACUUCACUUCCUGCUUUUCCACUUCUUCAUUGUAUAAUGGAAAUGAUGUGCAAUCGGCCGAAAACGAACUAAAAAUUGAAGUGCCACAGAUCGCAACAUGUUUAUGCACAGCUGAAGCUUCGAUGCAUGAUUCGAAAAGAAUAUUUAUUGUGCACCCAUAA